AUGUCAUAUAUAUAUAUGAUUGCCAUACUCAUGACAAUGACAAGCAGGGUGACUGAAGUUCAGAAGAAAUUUUACGAUGGUUUGUUUCCGUCAAUAUUGAGAAUAGGUGGCAGUCCAGCUGAUUAUUCAUUUUUUGACCUUCCAGUUGAGACUGUGGAUGCCAGUGGGAUUCAACCGAAACCUUAUGUUAUCACCAAACAAGAUGUUAUUAAUCUGUUGCAACUGACAUCAUCAACAAAUACCAAGUUGCUGUUUGAUUUUAAUGUUCAAGUUCGAUUUGGUUACAAUUGGGACCCCUCAAAUGCUAUCCAGUUUUUGAACUUUGCUGCACAAUUCUUAAAUGGAACUGAUCUUCUCUUCGAACUUGGAAAUGAACCAGACUGCUUGUUGCCUGAUUUGAUAACUCCAGAAAGACUUGGUGAAGAUUUUGCCAUAUUGCAGAAGCUGUUGAGCUAUUAUCAGAGCAAGGGAAUGUACAAGAAAAGUUUCAUAGUUGGACCUGAUGUUGUGUCUAUGAAUGGCUUAGAACUUCAGUACAUUACAAGCUAUUACUUCCGAGGCGACGUUGCUACAUACAAAGAUUAUUUGAAUCCUCAAAAUUUUGCCAACCUGGCAGAAAGCAUCAACAAUGUGAAACAGGCAGUCUCAAGAAGCAAUUAUCCGGCAACACAUAUCUGGAUUGGAGAGACAAGUGAUGCGUGGCACUCAGGAACUCCCAAUGUUUCCGACAGAUUUGUUUCUGCUUUCUUAUGGCUGGACAAGUUAGGCCUGAGUGCUUUAAUGGGAGUAAAAGCGGUGAUGAGACAGACAUUGUAUGGAUAUUAUUACUCAUUGCUUGAUCUGGAUAUGAAUCCCAAUCCGAACGUGUUAACAGUUCAAAAAUUGUACAACAAAUAUUUUUUUAGGAUUAUUGGUUAUCAUGGCUUCACAAAAAAUGAUGUCACAACUUACAAGACUGUGGCUGCUGAGAAGGAUCCAUACGUUCCAUACAACUGUGCUAGACAUUCUGACAAUGUCAACAAACAAGAUAACAACAACAACUAUAAUAAUAAUAAGAAGAAUAAUACGAUGAAUGAUAACGGUGAUAUUGAUAAUGAUGUGAAGAAAAGUGCUUAUAACACUUUCAAGAAUGCAGAUACGAUACAUAGGCUUGGUGCAUUUAAGUUGAAUAAUGCAAGUAGUUCUCUGCCGACAUUCAGGAUUUCAAUGUAUGGCGCUGGAAGUGUUACAUUGUAUGGUCUCAAUUUGCACCCUACCAAAUCUGUUGAUGUCAAAUUUGUUGGAAUAUUUAAAAAUCUCGAUAGACAUGUUUACCUAAUGGAGCCUGAUAAUGAUUAUAAAGAGAAUAAAAAGAAAGAAGAAGAAAAAUAUUCACAUAAGGAUCUUCCCAUUUUAUCGAAGUGA